UCGAAAAUGGCGCUGCGCUGGGGAAUCGUGUCGGCUGGCUUAAUUGCCAGCGACUUUACCAGCGUGCUGAGCUCACUGCCUCCCUCGGAGCACCAGGUGGUAGCGGUAGCUGCGAGGGACCUGAACCGGGCGGAGGAGUUUGCACAGAAAUACAACAUUCCUAAGGCCUAUGGCUCCUAUGAGGAACUGGCCAAGGACCCAAAUGUGGAGGUGGCCUACAUUGCCACCCAGCACCCCCAGCACAAGCCAGUGGUACUGCUCUGCCUGGCGGCAGGCAAGGCUGUCCUUUGCGAGAAACCCAUGGGCGUGAAUGCAGCAGAAGUUCGGGAGAUGGUUGCCACAGCCCGUUCUCAGGGCGUCUUCCUUAUGGAGGCCAUUUGGAGCCGUUUUUUUCCUGCCAUGGAGGCUCUGCAGGAAGUUUUGGUCCAAGGAACUAUCGGAGACCUACGAGUGGCCCGGGCAGAAUUUGGGGUUGAUUUAAGAUCUGUACCCCGGGCCACAUCCUGGAACCAGGCCGGAGGUGGUCUGCUGGACCUAGGUAUCUACUGUGUCCAGUUCCUCUCCAUGGUCUUUGGUGCACAGAAACCAGAGAAGAUUUCAGCUGUGGGGAGGAUUCAUGAAACAGGUGUGGACGACACUGUCAGUGUGCUACUUCAGUACCCAGGAGGGGUUCAUGGUAGCUUCACCUGCAGCAUCUCCUCGAGCCUCACCAACACAGCGUAUGUGAAUGGUACUAAGGGCAUGGCCCAGAUUCUCAAAACAUGGUGCCCAACAGAGCUGGUGGUGAAUGGCGAGCGUAAGGAGUUCCCUCCGCCUGCCCUCGGGAAAGAGUACAAUUUUUUAAAUGGAUCAUGCUUGCUCUAUGAAGCCAACCACGUCCGGGAGUGCCUUCGUAAAGGUCUUAAGGAGAGUCCUGUAGUUCCUCUUGCUGAGAGUGAGCUCCUGGCUGAAAUCCUUGAGGAGGUGAGGAAGGCCAUUGGAGUCACCUUCCCCCAGGAUAAAUGCUGAUGCACCUCCUCUUCCUACGUGGUCCUCCUAACCUGACCCUCACUGCUUUGGUUUUGUUUUGUUUGUAAAACAGCCUGUUCUCGGGUUGCAGAGCGUCCCUUUCUGGGUGUGGAGGCCAGUUUUCAUGAGUCAGGGUCUGAAGAGGAGAUAUGGAGUCAGCAGGAUACAGACACAGGAAGCUUCUUUUAGGCCAAUAGGUUCUCUCUUUACUUUAGGAGAAAACACACGUGCACACGUGCGUACACACACACACACACACACACACACACACACACACACACGGCAUAUGGAGUCUCUGCAGGAUUAAGUUCCUCCUCCCCACUUAAAGCCAGACAAAACAGCCUCGUUAGGGGACUGGGAUCCACAGGCAGGCAACAGAGUCAGAAACUAAAAAGUAAUCAUAAAAAUCUUAAAAGAAUCACAAAUCUAAACUUUUAUAUAAAAAACAGUCAUUUAUACUUUAAAUACUCAGGGUGCAUACUUAUACAUUAACAAUUUUUGUUGUUGGUGGUGGGUUUUUUCUGUUGUUUUUUUCAGACAGGGUUUCUCUGUGUAGCUCUG